AUGAGCGCAUCCACUGGAGCCGUGACUUCGCCGGCUUCGUCACAGCCUCUGUCAUUAGAGGCGAGAUAUGGCCAGCUCCCGGAUAAAGAUGGGCAGGUGAAUGGGGGGCACGACAGGCUUGGGCCAUUUCUCUGGCCACACAGGUUCUUCAUGCGACAGUCUAUUUCGAGGAACUGGGAGAAUUCACCAUGGGCUACAGCCAAUGUGGAAUUCACCGAUGGGACUCUAAUUCCGGAAGAGCCCGGGGAAGAAGCCGGCAUCUUUUCUCUCUCAAUGGAAGAAAAUUGUCCAGCGGACAGGUCUCGCGUCGCGCCUCUUGUCGCCUUUCUUCAUGGUGCUAGACUGUUGGAGCUUCAACAAGGACAUUGCGAUAUUCCGACUCGCAAAAUCGCUAUACUCAUUGAUGGCAACUUCUCAGAGAACAAGAACAAGCGCUACAGCGAAAAGUCGGAGAAGAAGUUUGAUACCAUCGACGCUGAACGACGUCUCAUUUACGCUGUUGAUCUUAGUCGUUGGGGUCUUCUGGCAAUUAUAGGAUCCGCCCCAGAAUCCCUUUACCGGGUCCUAGUCGAUUUCUUGCUUAACUAUGUCUUAUCAAGGCCCUACAUUGGCGUUCAUUUCGCGACGGAAGGUCCUGUGACUUUUGCUAUGGAAUUCUCGUUUCCCUACUCAGUGUGGCGGACUUCAAGAACCUUGAUGCAAGACAAUCGGGCCAAAGGUCACAACAAAGGGGCGUUGAGAUCCACAGAUGACGUUACGUUCUUGCGGGCUUUGGCAGGCUCCAACACAGAUGGCGAGAGCAUCGACGCCAUCCACUCAAGCCACAUGAGCUGCCUUGUAACCGGCUAUGACCAGUAUCGGUGGACAGGUAUUCUGUUCUGCGAGACCUGGUAUGAAGUCGAAACAACUGGCUUGCCAACGCCUGACAGCAUCGCGCGCUACGAAGCUGAGCAGAGGGAUGUGGAAGAAUCGUUUGGCGUCGUGAAACUUUCAGAUCCACUACGCCGCGGCAAGGGCGAUAUGUUCGAUUCCACGCUUACGAUGUGGCGGCCUCGCGCCUACUUCCUGGGCAUAUUUGGGAUUCGCUUCAGCCAAAUCCAUAGAGAAUCGCAGGUUUUGUUCCACAACAUGUACAAGAGAACGGAGGGUAUUGAAACACGACACAGAAAUCUCCUGCAACGCAUGCUCAAAUCUGUGCGUGGUAGGCAGGCACCAGGAAGCAGAGCCGAUGUUUUGGAUGAACUGGAUAACGCCGAAGAGGGCAUUCUCCUUGCGAAAGGGAUAGUAAGAACGUUGGCGCGGACUAUGGAAGAGAUUGUGUCAACCGGAGAAUCGUUCCUGACGACCGACGCCAAUUACUUUCUCGACACGAAAGGUCAGCCAGACGACGGCCCGGACGGAUCAAGCUGCUAUUCUGAUUUGUCGCAAAUACGAAGGAUAACUACCGAUCUUCGACGACUGCGCCAAAGGUUUGGGGUCCUCCAGACCCGAUAUGAAGAAAUGAUCAAGGACAGCUCGGCUGCAAAGGACAUGGUGAUACCUCUCUCAUCUGACUGGAACAGGAGGAUGCAAUGGCUGAACGAAACACAUGCUGAUGAUGUUUAA